UGGCUGAGUUGCUGUUGUUCCCAGUUGCUUCCACUUUGUUAUAAUACCACUAACAGUUGGGCGUGGACUAUUUAGUAGCAAGUAAAUUUUGCAGAUGGACAGUGCACAGGUGGCAACCUAUCACAGUACCACGCUUGAAUUCACUGAGCUCCUGAGAGUGACCCAUUUUUUCACAAACAUUUGUAGAAGCAACCUGCUUGCCUAGGUGCUUGAUUUUAUACAACUGUGGCCCUGGAGGUGAUUGGAAUACACCCGAAUCCAAUUUUUUGGAGGGG